UCAAAUUUUCUCACCGCAUAUGAGCUUCGGCAUGGCUUAUUUAGUUUUGAACACAAAUAUGUUUUACUGACUAAUAUUCUAAUUCUAUGGUUUUUAUGAUUCUCCUGCAACUAUUUAUUUCUGUAAAUUUGGUUUUUUGAAGUUUUGCUGUAGAGUAAAAUGGAUAGUUAUCUUCAUAUACUUACUCAGAAUACUCCCCAGAGGAGUGCUGUGAAAUCCUCUUUUAUUCAGAAAUGCAUCAGCUUUGGAAGUGCUAAAAAAGGCUUAUCUUUUGAUGAUUCAACUACUGAUGGAAUGUUUCCAACAUCAGAAGAUCCAUCAAUGUCUAUGUUAAUACCUGAAAAUGAGUCUAUUUCUGAAAUGAGUGAAAUGUAUGAGAGUAAUUUCACUAAUCAAGACUCUCGAAUGAAUGCAUCAAGGGGAGAGUUUGAUACCACAAUCGUUUUGGAUAUGGAUUCUAACUCUCAUGUUAUUGAUGCAAUGUUUCAAGAUUUCUUGUCUUUUUUUCAAAGUUAUUCAGGAGAACAAGAAGUUUUUGAUCUUUUAUUGAAUUAUGAAGAGCUUUGUUGUACUAAUUUUGCAGCUGUUUCCAAACUAUUGAUGAAAUCUAAUUCAACAGAUGUGAAUUUCAGUAAAUUAUCUUCUAAGCUUUCUUCUCUUCAAAUGGAAAGAGAUACUUGGAGACUUCUUCGAAUUCUUUUCCGAGAUAGGCUUGAUGCAGAGUUUGAAGAUGAAGGAGAUAUGCUAAUGUCUACAGUGGGUAAAAUGACAGACAGACAAAUUGUUGAGAAUUUAUAUCAAAGAAAUGCCUAUAUUAGGCAGUGUCAGCUCAUUGUUGAUUGUCUAGAGAAAAAUGCUGAAGAAGAUUUUCAGUUCACAUUUUUUGACAAGUUCCAGUACUUUACUGAUAAGUGCAUGGCUUUAGAACAUUCAUUGAAUGAAUUGAUUACUUCUCAUUUCAAUCGAAAUCAUAUGGGGAUCCGAGAAAUGGACCCAGAUGCUGAAUUUAGACAAAAUAGCUAUCCAUUACACGAAGCUGAUAAAGAAAAUGAAAGCCGGCUUUUUAAAUUUAUGUUCAUUUGCAUUAGGUCUGGAAAACUAGAUGAAGCUCAGCAAUUAGCAGAGAGAUUUGGCGAGGCUUGGUUAGCUGCUGCAUUAGAAGGUUGGAGAUUGUUUCAUGAUCCUAAUUAUGAAAAUGAUCUGAUGGAGGGGCAAGAACUAUUCGAAAUUGAAGGAAAUAAAUAUCGAGAUUUGUGGAAAGCAGCAUGCUGGGAAGCAAGUCAAGCUCCUGUUGUACCUAUUCAUGAACAAGCUGUAUAUGGAACUCUUUGUGGUAAUCUAAAAGCUGUAUUGCCUGUAUGUAAAGCAUGGACAGAUUACUUAUGGGCUUAUGUGAGGACUUCUCUUGAUAAAUUAAUUGAACAAGAAAUUCGUAAUUUGACACAACAAGAUCGAAGUUUAGAGGAUCUUCCUGUUGAAUACUGGGAUAAAGUUUUGGAUCUGGAGGAAAUAUUUCAAGAAUUGACUGCCAGUAAUUCUGAAGAAGUGCGAUCUGGUUCUAAAAUUCCUUACCAUGUUAUCCAGAAGUAUAUAAUUAUUGAUGACAUUGGUGGCUUAAUAGAAGAAAUGUAUAGCUGGCUAAAUAACUCUAAUCUUGAUGGUCAUCUAUUGAGGUGCAUGGCACAUAUUAUACUUUUCCUACGAGUUAUUGGACGUUCUACAAAAGAAGAAUUGUGUGUCCCUAUUUUAGAAGCUUAUGUACAAGAACUGAUAAAAGCUAGGAAAACAAGUCUUGUUGCUCCUUAUGUCUCAACUCUGCCAAAAGAACAACAAAUUAUUUGGUAUGCUAAAUUUUUAGAAGGUAUUACUGAUAAUGAUGAACGCCAAAAGUGUUUGCAAUAUGCUGAAGAAGCUGGUUUAGAUGUUCCACAAAUAACAAAAACAGUAGUAAAAAAUAUUCGAGAAAAGGAUGCUGUAAAAAUAGAACCAACCACUGAUUUAUCAGCAGUGACUACUCAGGAAGAUUUACAAAAAAUACACGCUAUUGAUUGGCUUAUAUUCAAUCCUACUCAGCGAGCAGAAGCUAUGAAACAAGCAAAUGCCUUAAUGAGAGUUUUUGUUGUCCAAAGGAAAAUAGAUGCUGCUAAAUUGUUGUUCAGCAAAAUUCCUGAAGAUUCUGUAGCUGUUAUGAUGCAACUUUCGAAAGCAAGAGGACUAGAAGAACUAUCAGCUGAGGAUGAUAAUAGUACAAGAGAAUAUUUAUGCUUCAAAGCUUAUCUGGAAGCAAUGGAAGCUUUUGAUGCUUGGUUUCAUCAUUCCAUUCACGCUAAACCAAAAACACCUCCAGCACCUUCUGGGGAACAUGUUACUUUUAAAGAAAAAGUGGCUUACGAACAUGAAUUGCAGCAGUAUCAGAAAGAUUUAGAAAGAUGGCAGAAUGUUGUAACAAACCUUGGUUCAUCUGCCCUGGAUUGUCUUUAUAACGUUCUGUUAUUUGUUGAUGGAGGUUGGAUGAUCGAUCAAAGAACAGAUGGAACACCUGAUGAAAAUCGCCAACUUCAGCUAUCACAUCUUCGAAAACUUUGCCUUCCUCAUGUAGUUAGGUUACUUCAAGAACUUCUCUUAUCAGAAGAAAAGUACAAAGAAACCAUUCAACUGGUGGAUAUUAUUGCAUCUGAAAGAUAUCAACUAUACAAGGUUUUUACCCAAGAAGAUAUCAAGCAAAUGCUCAGAGUUUCUACUGAUUCAUCAUUUGCCUUAUUAGACAAAAACAUGGACCCUCUUGGAUAUAACUGCCAAUAGAAACUUCAUUUCAUGAUAUAAAUAACUUUUUGUAAUUAUAAAACUUUUUUAA